CAGUGGCGAGGGGCAGAGAGAAAUAUAGACAUGUUACAGUCACAAAGUCAAAAGAGUUAGUUGCACACAUUUGUCUUGCGAGUGUCGGCGAGUGCUGUUCCAGCGGUUCUUUAAUCCUGUAUGUAAAUGACAGCCAAUAGAUGCUGUUGUUGAGUUGGGCUGGGAUUAGCGGAGGCGAAUGACUUUCAAUUUUACUGGAUUACAGAACAAAGAAAGGGGAAAGGGACACACUCCUCUGGUAAAGAAAACAGAAAGAAAACGGGCCAAAUUGAUCAAAUAAAUCACGUCGAUUGCAUUUCAACAGGCUACGAACCAUUCGAGAUUAUGUCAUUUUACAAAAUCGCUGUCGCCUUUCUUUAGAUGGGAAUUCAGCUCUCACUGUUGGAUUAAACGGAGAAUAAACCUAUUCCGGGAUUGGCAGCAUAAGAAGAAUGGCACAGAUACGGAAGCUUGGCUGUGAUGGGAUGAGGACCAACUCACGGCCAGAGCUCAAAGUUCCCCAAGUGUCAGCCAGACAAGAAAUCCUCACCAGCCUAGUGUCUGCCCUGGACUCUGUGUGCUCUGCCAUGUCUAAACUCAAUGCUGAGGUGGCCUGUGUCACUGUGCAUGAAGACAGCGUGAUCGCCGUGGGAACAGAGAAGGGAAGAAUCUUCCUAAACUCCAGAAAGGAAAUACAGACAGACUUUCACAAAUUCUGCAAAGUGUCCUGUCUGCAAGCAUUGACCGCCAUGAACUCCCACGCCAAAGUUCCUGAUGUGGACUGCAGCAGGACUGGCAAAGACUGCGGGCAGCAGGGCAGACAGAGGGCCUUAACAGACACUCAUUCCAACAUCUUCGUCCUGAGGAAGAUGGUGGAGGAGGUGUUCAGCGUGCUUAUAAUGGCUGUUGAAAAUUCUGCUUUAAGAAGAAAUUACUACAAUUUUAUCAUUGUUUUAUCAUUUUGUCACUAUCAGCACCCAAUGAACAAAGACCAAAAAUGUGUGUGUGUGUGUUUUAAUAGAACACCAGAGGAACCCUCUCGGGAUGCCAAAUCCUGUCUGGAAGUCAACCAUCACUCUUCGACCUCAAAGAGCGUAAGCAACCACGCCUCUGCCAAACCCUCUGUGCAGGACGCGUCUGCUUGCAACUCCAUGCUCUCCAGCUUCCUGUACGGCAUGCCCAUGUCCUCCCAGCCUCACCCAGACAGCAAGCUGGACCUGAAGCCCACAUCACUGCACAGCAUAGGUAAAGAGCGGCUGGGCAUGUGGGCAUCCGCUGACGAGAAAGCGGUUCAGGCCAAGGAAUGUGCUGACAAUGGCGAGAGAGUAGGGCUGGCAGCAGAUCUUACCCAGAGUCCUCCCAGCAUCCAUGUCUCCAAGCGCCUUCUGUUCUCCAUAGUGCAUGAAAAAUCAGAAAAAUGGGAUUCGUUCAUCGGGGAGACUGAGGAUAUCAACACCCUUCGAGAAUGUGUUCAGAUCCUCUUCAACAGUAGAUAUGCUGAAGCAUUAGGCCUGGAUCACAUGGUUCCUGUGCCAUACCGGAAAAUCGCCUGUGAUCCUGAGGCGGUAGAGAUCAUUGGAAUUCCAGACAAGAUUCCCUUCAAGAGACCAUGCACUUACGGUGUGCCUAAACUCAAACGGAUCCUGGAAGAAAGGCAUGCUGUCCGCUUUGUUGUCAAAAGAAUGUUUGACGAACGAAUUUUUACUGCUGCUGGUAAAGUAGCUAAGGAGGAGGGCAAACAGGAUGGUGAGGAUGGAUUCCCAGAUGGCCUCAGGGUCCCGAGCUCUUCUCUAGAGCUGAUCAGCAACACUCACAGUAGCAGAUCAACAAGCUCCUGUGUCAGUCCUUUGGCUGAGUGUGAAGCAGGGCCAUCUGGGGACUGUCUGCCUUUGAAGAAGAUCAAAACGGAGCCCCCAGAUGGUGAAAUUAUCCAGGUGACAGUGCCAGGUAUGGUCUCCCAGCCCCACUGUAAAGCUCACGCUGAGAGUUUCUCUGCAGAAGAUUUAACGCCGAAGUCUACAACUCAAGGGCUCAAGAGAGCUGUUGAAGAAGACAUCGGAGAGAUGAUCCUUCAGCUGCGAAAUCAAGUCGAGAGCCUGUUCAGCUCCAAGUACAGUGAGGCUCUUGGUCUGCCUGAACCGUCUAAAGUGCCGUAUUCCAAGUUCCAGAUGUAUCCAGAUGAUCUGUAUGUCACAGGGCUGCCAGAAGGGAUGACUUUUCGAAGGCCGAACUGUUUAGGAGCAGCAAAACUUCGGAAGAUUCUUGCCGCCAGUAGUCAGAUUACAUUUGUUAUAAAGAGGCCAGAAUUGUUGACAGAACAGGUCAAACAUGAAGGUGUCUCUAAGACGACCUCUGAUUCAGCAGAGACUGACUCCAAAGACCAAUCAGAUGACCCGGGACUUGCCUCCAAAAGACCAGGAUUCUCAGACAGUUUAGAGGCCAAGCUCUCCCGUAUCGACUUGGCGAACACUCUGCGAGAGCAGGUCCAAGACCUGUUCAACAGGAAAUAUGGCGAGGCACUGGGCAUUAAGUAUCCUGUGCAAGUGCCUUACAAGAGGAUCAAGAGUAACCCUGGCUCAGUGAUUAUAGAGGGCUUGCCCCCUGGCAUCCCCUUCAGAAAACCCUGUACCUUCGGCUCACAGAAUCUAGAGAGGAUAUUAGCGGUGGCAGACAAGAUCUCUUUCAGUAUUACAAGGCCUUUCCAAGGGCUUAUUCCCAAGCCAGCACCACGACGAAUAACCAUAUUGAAGAAAGGUUAUACUCCAAUAAGUGAAGAAGACGAGGUCAACCGGAUGGGAGAGAAAGUGAUAUUAAGGGAACAAGUUAAAGAACUCUUCAAUAAAAAAUAUGGUGAAGCUUUGGGUCUGGAGCGCUCAGUCAUUGUUCCAUACAAGUUAAUCCGUGCCAAUCCAGGCUCACUGGAAGUGUGUGGACUUCCGGAUGAUAUUCCCUUCAGGAAUCCUAAUACUUAUGACAUAGUUCGGUUGGAAAAAAUCCUGCAAGGCCAAGAUGAAAUUACUUUCAAUAUCAAAACCCCUCUACAGCCUUUCACAGAGUUAUGUACUCAAUCUUGUAAUAAAGAAGGUAAAGAAGUGUCUACAAAUCGACGCAAACGUAAACGAGUACUUGACAACAGUCAAGCAUCCAUGCCCACUGGAGCAGACUCAACACUAUCAACCAAUCAGAUUCCUGUCAUGCAAUGGCCCAUGUACAUGGUGGACUAUAGCGGAGUGAAUGUUCAAGUUCCUGGAAAAGUCAAAUACUAACAAACUUUCUGAUUUCGUACGAAAGACUUCUACCGUUAAGGGACCUUUUUAUAAUAAACUUGACGUUUCUGAAUGCUAAAUUCAGCUUUCUUCAGAGCUGUGGCAGAUCCUGCGGCUCGCGCAUGGAGACGCCUGUGUGUUCUGGCAGGUAUUAGAGAGUGUGAACUGUUGGAUGCAGUUGUUUCUGAAUGAAGUGCUAAUGAUGGAACAACACGGCAGUAAAUCAGUCUGCUAGUGCUUUAGAGGAAUAGUACUCAACCUCACGUCAGUCCAAAAACAAAUGCUUUUGAUAUUUUUGUGGAACACGAAAAUAGAAAUCAUGUAAAAGAAGAUUUGUUCUGUGUGAAGAUUUGUCAAAAAUUGACUUUUAAAGGAAUAGUUCAUCCAAAAAUGUAAAUCUGCUGAAAAUGUACACACCUUCAGGCC